ACCCUGUACACACAUUCUGAAAACCCGAGGGCCUUCAAGGCCCUCACUGCCGCUCAGUACAGCGGGGUUCAGGUCCGCGUGCUCUCCGCACCACCCCACUUCCAUUUUGGCCAAACCAACCGCACCCCCGAGUUUCUCCGCAAAUGUCCUGCUGGCAAGGUUUCAGCCUUUGAGGGCGACGGUGGAUUCUGUGUGUUUGCGAGCAAUGCCACUGCCUACUAUGUGAGCAACGAGGAGCUGCGGGGAAGGACUCCCGAGGCAGCAGCGCAGAUGGUGCAGCAGGGGAGCUUUGCGGAUAGCGACACAGUGCCCCCAGCCAGUACCUGGGUGUUCCCCACUUUGGGCAUCACGCAUCGCAACAAGCAGGCCACAGAGAAUGCAAAGGAGGAGGUGAGGCGAAUUCGGGGGCUGCUGGAUGCUCACUUGAGGACGAGGACGUUUCUGGUGGGCGAACGCGUGACGCUGGCUGCGGGGCCGAAGGCUGAGGAUCCCUUUGCUCGCCUGCCCGAGAGCACCUCUGUGUUGGAUGAAUUCAGGCGGAGGUACUCCAACGAGGACGCGCACUCCACGGCGCUGCCGUAUUGUUGGGAGCACUUUGAUCAGGGUGGCUGGUCCCUGGGGGACUCUGAGUACCGCUUCCCUGAAGAGCUCACCCAGACCUUCAUGAGCUGCAACCUCAUCACUGGAAUGUUCCAGCGACUGGACAAACUGAGGAAGAGUGCCUUUGCCAGUGUCAUUCUCUUUGGAACCAACAAUAGCAGCUCCAUUUCUGGAGCCUGGGUCUUCCGAGGCCAAGAGCUUGCCUUUCCGCCGAGCCUAGACUGGCAGGUGGACUACGAGUCAUACGCAUGGCGGAAACUGGAUCCCGGCAGCGAGGAGACCCAAACGCUGGUUCGAGAACACUUUUCCUGGGAUGGCGCCUUCCAGCAUGUAGGCAAAGCCUUCAAUCAGGGCAAGAUCUUCAAGUGAACAUCUCUUGCCAUCGCCUAGCUGCCUGCACCUGCCCUUCAGGGAGAAUGGGGGUCAUUAAAGGAAACUGAACAUUG